AUGAACCCAGCGGCGACUCCCGACAGCACAAUCUUGGAUGAAUACUGCGACCAGGAAACAGACAUGGACUUUGACAAUAAAAUAUCGAUGACGUACAAUGACUGUCGCUCUGUCUCCAUGGCUCUAGAUCCUUUGAGAAAUGCCGAUCUCAAGAAGUCAGUUUACAAAUUCUUGCUAGAGUUUCUUGAAGAUCCCCAGAAGCACUGUGCCUGGGCAGAAGCAGCGAAGGAACUCAGGCGUCUCAAGCAAUGUUCAAUACAGCAAAUCAUUCGAGUCCUAACUACAAGCCUUGAGCUAGCUCAAGGAGAUGAGAUAAAAAUCCAGAGCUUACUCAAGCAAAGAACCUGGAACGAUGUGCCUUUGUUUACAUGGUUGCCGCAAAGCGUGUGUCGAAGUAUUGGCUACAAGGUUCAAGAUAUAGAUCAUAAUACUUUCCAGAACCUUGAAGAGAUCAAUUAUGAGAUUAGUCGACUGGUCAAUGAUAUGAUGAGGGAGGAGCUUGGGCUACGGCCAUCGCAACGUUUGGAUCCUGAACCUGACCUAACGGACGCGAUGCAGCUCGCCGACAAAUUUCUUGAUCGUAUAUCAGUGUUUUUGCGGCACAACCGUGUCAUCGAAGGCCAAAUCGAAUAUUUGAAAUGGACCGAAAAGAGUGUAAUAAAAGUUCUGGUGUUCAUGAAGGUGGCAAAUGUUAUAAGUAUCCAUCUCUCCUCCCCCGAGUUGAUCUGGCAUCUUCAGCUGGCAGAACUUCGUCCCCCAUGGGGUUUCAACCCCCAGAAGGGUACAAUUGCAGAAAUCAACUCUAGAAUCGUUCAUGGUGAAGAUGGUGGAGAACAAUUGGAAGCACCCGCGAAUAGAAUUGACAGACUCUCUUUUACAGAAAAGGACCCGAGGGAUCGUCACGGAUUACUACACACUAAUCUACCCGACUGCCUCAAAAAGAAAACACAGUCACUGAUGACGAAGACAAAACAGCAAUUCGAGGCCACUUCAAUGGUUGAUUUAUGGCAAUUUAUACAGUUAAUUUAUAAAUCGCCGACCCUUGUGCCAAAUGGAAGACUACGAGUAAUCGACAUACCGCAAUGUCCUGAACAAAGAACUGCGAGGGGCAUUAUUUUCACAGCACACUCACGCUACGAAGAGGAUGCUAAUAAUGCCAGUCGGUCGCUCUCGAAAGAGCAGCUGACACAGUUCUCAUCCCAAGGCGACGCCGUCGCUUACGCACCGGGUGUUGAGGAUUUCAGCAUUAUCGAUGAUGAACAAGCAGAAUCAGCUCUUGACGAUGGUGACGUCCCUAUGGCAAAAGGCACAUUGCCGCAUACCACAAAAUGCCGACCAACACGAUCAAGAAUGACAUAUGGAAUCUGGUUAUCGCGGACGAAUGCCAUUUUAUCAAGACAGAAUUACCGCCGCAAACAAACUCGUGCGACAGCUCGACCGAAAUAG